AUGAUUGUAAAAUUUCACAAAAAAACUGAGAGGAUUAAAGGGUUGUCUUUUCAUCCAAAGUAACCAUGGCUUUUGGUUGGUCUUCAUUCAGGGGAAAUUCAAAUGAUUGAUUACAGAUUUGGAAGAACAAUAAAUGAAUUCUACGAACAUGAAGGCCCUGUUAGAUCAGUUUAAUUCCAUUAAUCUUUGUGUUUAUUCAUUUCAGGAUCAGAUGAUUUUACUGUAAGAGUGUGGAAUUAUAAAACAAAAAAAUGUCAAUUUGUAUUGCGUGGUCACUUGGAUUUUGUUAGAUGCGUUAAUUUUCACCCAGAAUUGCCAUGGUGUGUUUCAGGAUCUGAUGAUCAAACAUCUAGAAUUUGGAAUUAUUAAUCUAGGUAGAUGAUAGCUACUGUUACAGGACAUAGUCAUUAUGUAAUGCAUUGUGAGUUUCAUCCAUCUAAAGAUUUUAUGAUUACAUGUUCAUUGGAUUAGACAAUAAGAUUGUGGUCAAUAGCUCAACUUAAAAAGAAAUUUACAUCAAAAAGUAUCUAAUUGGGGGAAUAGGCUAGCGAAUUAGAAUUGGUUUAGAUUUUGGAAGGACACAGUUAGGGUGUGAAUUGGUGUUCAUUCAAUCCAAAAGACAAUACUAUAUUAUCUUCUUCAGAUGAUAAGAAGAUCAAAGUUUGGAAAUACUUUGAUACUAGAGGAUAUGAAGUCGAUUAAUAUUGUGGACAUACAAACAAUGUCAGUUGUGCUAUGUUUCAUCCCUUUGGAGAGUACUUCAUCUCUAAUUCAGAGGACAAAACUCUAAGAUUGUGGGAUAUGAAAAAGAAGGUUGAAGUAGAUUGCUUUACCAAUCAUGAAUUAGAUAGAUUUUGGAUAUGUGCUGUUCAUUAGAGUAACAAUUAUUUUGCAGGUGGUAGUGAUUCUGCCUUAUAUAUAUUCACAUUAUUUAAAAAUAGGCCUGCCAUUGAUUUAGUAAAUAAUAACUUUGUAUAUUUUGGGAAUCGAAAAGUGAUUAAGAUUUUGGAUUUAUAAAAUGGAUCAGAAAAGACUAUUAAAAAUCUGUAAGAGUUAUCAUGCGUCUCUGAUAAUUUGCUUUAAGACAAUGCUGAAUAAGUUCUACAUAAUAUUUAUGAAAAUCAGAAAUCUCAAAUCUUAGUGAGGUUAAGAAAUCAUAUUCAUAAUAAAUCUAAAGGAGUUUCAAAAUAUCUUGUAUUUGAAUAACAAACUAAUUUGUCCUAAUUCUUCUUAGCCAAAUCUGCUAUUUUUAUAGGCAAAUCUAAAAUAUUGAGAUCGAAAGAGAAUUCUGAAAUCGAAAUUUAUAAUUUUGAAACAGACUCUCACAUUCUAUUAGGACAUAAAACUGAUCGUCUAUUCACUUUUACUGGUGGAAAAGCCAUUUAUUAUUCGGAGUCUAUGAUAAAUGUGCUAGAUCCAAUUGCUAAUAAAAUAAUAAAUCAGAUUGCUUGUACUAAUGAAUUUCAGAAUAUCAGAUAAGUCAAAGUGAAUGAUUAUUGUAUUUUAAUUCAAACUAAAAAUGGAAUAUACAUAUUUACAAAAGAGUUUCAAACUAUUACACAUAUUUCGGAAAAAAUCAAUAUUAAAUCAGUGUUGUUUUUAAGUGAUUAAAUAAAUAUUAUACUUUAUUCAACAAAAAUGCAUUUAAAGUAUCUUUUAUUAAAUGGAGAUACUGGAAUUAUUUGCAGCAUGGAGACAGUGCCAUAUUUAGUUUCAUUUUAGAACAUCUCAGAAAAACCUGGAUUUUAGUAUAAAUUAUUUUAUAUGGAUAAUAUGGACAAAUUACUAAACAUCACUGUUGAAUGUUCUGAAAUAUUCUUCAAAUAUGCCUUAAUUGAAAAAAAUCUCUAAUUUGUUUAGAAUUUUAUAAAAAAUCACCAAAAACUAGGAGAUCUAAUAAUAGCCUAUUUAUUCUAAAAAGGAUAUUCAAUACUUGCCCAUUAAUUAGUAACUGAUAAAAGAGCCAAGUUUCAAUUGGCUCUUUCUUCAAAUAAUUUAGAAAUAGCCUAUAGAACGUGUGAAGACCUUAAAAAUCCAAAAUGCUAUUAGAUGUUACUAGAAGAAGCCAUGAGAUAGGGAAACCAUAAUAUUUAUGAAGUUUGUUAAUAGAAGUUAAGAGCAUCCUAAGAAUUGGCAUUUCUCUACAUAAUUACAGGCUAAUUAGAAAAAAUUAAUAUCAUAAGCAAUAUUGCACAGGAACAAAAUAACUUAGAUCUAAGAUUCUAAACCUUAUUAACUAUGGAUAGUUUGAAACAAAGAAUUUCAUUCUUAAAAGGUUGUAGUCUGGAAAAAUUAGCAAAUCUUAGUUAAAUGGCUCAUGGAUUAGAAUUUGAAGCUAAUAAGAAUUGUGCUGAGGAUAUUGAAUGGAUAUAAUCAUUAAAACCUGAAGCAAUAAUCACUCCAUAGCCUAUAAUAAAAUCAAGCUAACAUCCAUUAUUCUCAAUGAAUUGGCCUCACAAUUUUGUAGAUGAAGAUGAAGUAUUCAAAUUAUCAGGGGAUGAUUCCAAAGUUGCAAAUCAAAGUAAAGCAGAGAUUACUAAUACAAUAACUGCUCAUCAUUAGAAUCCAUUUGAUAAAAAUACACAAGCAAAACAAAAAAUAAAUUAAAAUAUAGAUAAAACAGAAGAGAAUGAUGAAUAAUUCCAAGAUUGUUAAUGGGAUUUAGAUGAAGUAGAGCUAUUAGAAAAUAAUGAACAAAGUCAGGCUACUUUGGAUUAGAAAGCUAUAUUAUAUGGAUAUCCAGAUUAUAAAAAAGCAUUACAGCCAGUGGAAUAUUUAAUUACAGAGUAGUAUCAACAAAGUCUUUAAGUUCUUCAAUAAAAUUAUAAUUUUGUGAGCCUAACACCUUGCUAAGAUUAUUUAAAGUAGUUAGCUUUGAGGUCUGUCGUAGAAAUACCUUAAAUACCGUUUUUAUUGCCUUCUCCUUUAAUUGUUUCAUCAUCGCAAGAUAAGAUCUAUGUGAAUAAAUCCUUUAAUGAAUUACUCAAAGUAGGAUAUAAACACACAAGUGAUGGAAAAUUCUAAGAUGCUUUAAAUACAUUCAAAUCCAUUUUAAAAUAAGCCAUAUUCUAGAGUCUAAAUAAUGAUGUGGUUCCUAUUUGUUUAAACUACAUAAUGGCUAUGAAAUGUGAACUUGCAAAGAAAGAUAAAGAAAUUUCAAGACAAAUAGAAUUAUCAUGUUAUAUGGCAAUGUGUGAUUUGCAGCCCGUUCAUCGCUCAUUAACUCUGAGAGCUGCAAUGAGUUUGUCAUAUAAAAAUAAGAAUUACUUAACUGGAUCUCAAGUGGCAUAACAAUUAAUAAAAUUACUAGAAUAAGCACCUAAAGGGGCUGCAUAUUCUAAACCAGAAGUGUUAGAAAAUGUCAAAAAAAUAUAUAAUAAUUGCCAAUAGAAUCCUAAGAAUGAAUAUAAUAUCAACUUUGAACCAUUUUAUUUAAAAGAAGGAGUAAAGAAUUUAUGUGCUGAUACACUCACUUAUAACGAUGAUGUAUAAUAAAUAUACUUUUGUUCAUUCGAUAAGAGUAGACAUUCAUCAAAAGGAAUCUUAUGCCAAGUGUGUGAGUUGUGUAAAAUCAAUUGA